AUUAUAGUCUAAACAUGGCAAAUUGCUCCUUUGGUGUGACAUAGAGAGCCACGGACGAAGAUUGGCGCGCGUAGCGGCUCACCCUAGGCCCGCAGUGCCCGGAACUGCUUUGAAGAAUCGAUGAGUCACAUCACUACAUCGUUUUGCUCAGACUGAUGUGAAAAGGAGAAAAACGGAGGUGAGAAAGGACCAUGGAGAGAGCCGGGGGCCGACUGACCCAUUCGACCCAUCUUACGUCAGGGCAACAAGUCUGAACAAACUCGUCUAUUGUCUAUAGUGCGUUUGCCCACUACAUUUCCGUGUCAGGUUAGCACUCCAAAUGUUAUCCAUCUCGACGUGUGAAAUUGAGUGCGUCACUGUCCUUGACACAUUAGUUUGCAUGUGCAUUUAAACAAUAGCACUGUUGAUGAAACUAGGAAUGGACUGCAAGUAAGGGACGCUCCAGUACUGAGAGCAAGCCCAGGAGCUCGGGGCCCCCUUCAGUGCAGUGAGCCACUGUUGCUACCAUGCUUUGUUGUUUCGGGCGGCCACCACCGCCACAGCAGCAGCAACAGCAGCUGCAGCAGGCCCCGGCUCCGACCCCGACUCCGCCCGUUAAGGACUCUGCCUUCCAGCCUGUGGAGCCUGCGGGGCCGGCUCCCUUCGCGAAGCAGUCAGAAAGGAAGAGCACUGACACAGUCAAGCAGGAGCAGCAUGCUGCACCGAGCUCGACCGGACUGCCCAUCGUGGGCAAGCUUGCGACACCGUUGCUGACGCCGGCUGGCAUUUCCGUUGCUAUUACCGAUGGAAAUGUCCAAACGACUGAGGCUGCGGGCCUGUUGCAGGGCCUGGACCUUCAGCGGCGGAUAUCGCGACUGCAGGGGCACUGGUGGACACGGGUGGAGGACGCUCUCGAUUUGCUUGUGAAGUCGUGCUCGGCAUCCUGUGCCAGCAUCUGGCUCAUGGACGAGUCCACCGAGUCGUUCGUGGUUAUCCUCAGCAAAGGCCCGAUGCGUCAGGCCGUGCAGCCUGGGUACUCGCUGCACCUGGGAUCCGAGUAUGACUCAAAUAGCCCGUCCAGCCUCACGUCGUUGUGGGACACCAAGGCGGCCCAGUCAUUUUCGGUCUCGGCGCAGCAGCACUCGAGCAAUACGUCCAGCCUACACGCCGCGCGCCCCUGCCCCGCCGACUGGAAGCUGCUUUACAACGCACACCACUUCACUGACUUCCUCGCCUGGCCGCUGCUGGCCUCGCCGUUCUCUAGCAGCAAGGACGCCGAUGGCCACGAGAGCGUGUCGGGCCUCGCGCUCAUGGGCAGCCUCAACAACACCAGCGGCCAUAACAACGUUGCGGCGGCGGCAGCGGCUGCCGCCACCGCCUCGGAGAGCGGCGCUGGCGCGCCGCAGGUGGUCGGCGCGUUGACCCUGUACUUCAGCCGGCCGGGCGCGGACGUGCUGACAGACCCGCUGCCGUCCAUCUUCAGCAGCCCGGUGGAGCAGGAGUUGGUGGCGCUGGCCUUCAGUAACCUGCUGUUCAGCGGGGGCCCGGAGCCCGUGCGGCAGGUGUGCGAGCUGGUGGUGGCGAUGCAACUGGCGGCCGGCACGGGCGAGGUGGCGGCGGCGGUGGCGAACGGGCUGCAAGCGCGGCUGCGGCACGUGCUGUCGGUGACGCCCAUAGCCUUGCUGGCGCUGGUGCCGCCCAAGCAAGUCAGCGCGGUUGUUUUCCGCGACAUGACUGCGGCCGCCGCGGCGGAGGCCGCCGCCGGACUCGACAGCGUGGCGGGCGGCAACAGCUCUCAGACGCUGCCGCUGCUGCACCCCGCGCUGGCGUCCGUGGCGGGCGGCGGCACGCCCUACAGCGGCAGCCACUCGCACGGCGGCGGCACGCGCAACCAGUACCGCAACACCGGCAUCCACGUGGGCGGCGGCGGGCUGGAGCGCUCGCUGGAGGGCGUGGGCGGCCCGGGCACCAUUGAGCGCUCGCCCAGCCUGCUGGGGACGGGCCUGCGCGGCGAAGCCGCCGCGGCUGCGGCUGCGGCCGCGGGCAGCGGUGGCCACGCCGCCGGCGCCGGCACCGCGGGCGUGGGCGGGCUUAACUCGCUUGCGGACAUGGCCGGCGGCAACUCCCGCGUGUACAUGCACAACAGCCGCAGCAUGGGUGUGCUGCACGGGCAGAACAACCCGUCCGGGCUGUUCUCCUGCCGGCUGGACAAGAUGCCGUCGCGCUACAAGGCGCUGGUCUACCCGCUCUCGCACACGCUACUGCAGGUGGUUCUGCAGCAGCGGCUAGAGAAGAAGCUGAAGGACCAGCAGACCCGGGCGGGCGGCCCGGCCGCGAUGGCCGCCGCCGCGGCGGCUGCGGCGCAGCAGAAGAAAGACCAGGCGUCAGCGCUACGUGAUAUGUGCAUGAGUGCGGCCGCCGCGGCGGCAGCGGCCGGCGGCGCCACGCCUGGCGGCUGGAUCGUAGGCGAUUGCAACGAGCACCUGCACGCAGUGCACAGUCCCUCGCGCGACGUGUACGUCAUGACGCGAGUGAACGCCCGGCGGCCGCACUCGCUCGUGGUCGCCACGGCGGAGCUGGGCCUGAACGGCAUGGGGGCCAGCGACGCCGCAGCGGCUGCGGCUGCGGUGGCCGCGGCGGCAGCCGUCGCGGGCGGGUCGGCGGCGGCGGCAGCCGCCGCCGCAGCGGCUGCUGCUGCUCCCACUCCGCCGCUCAACAGCACCACCUACAUGGCUGUGUACUUGGCGUUCCCGGACCGCCUGCCGCGGCCGCUGCUGGAGGCGGCCCUGGCGGACACACAGCUGAUGAUGAGCCGGCUGGUGGCGCCGCUGAUGCGGCUGCGCUUUGAGGGCAACCUGUCAGACGAGUGGCAGGCGCUCGCUACUGCCGCCAACAACCUGCCCAGCCCCGGCGGCCCAGCGCUGCGCAUUGCGUCCAGCAUGUCUGCCAGCCAGGCGCGCCAAACGCCGCCUGUGCCGGUGCCGCUGCUGCUGUCGGGCGCGGGCCACAACGCGGGUGACGGCUCCCCAAGCGUCAUGGGCAACAAUGCCGCCGGCGACUCGCACUCAAACACCUGGCUCAGCCGCCUGGGGGCGCCGCACCCGCCCGCCUCCUCGCCGCUGGGCCUGGUCUCCAGCAGCGCCGCAGGCGGUGGAGGGAUGUGCGGCGGCGGCGGCGGGGUGGGCUCGGCGGCUCAGCUGGCGCCCGCCAGCACCUCGGAGCUGCACCUGGAGGGGCUGUCGGCGGGCGAGGCGCUGCAGCAGAUGAGCGUGUUGGUGUCGUCGUACAUGGACACGCUGCAGGCGCUGCAGGGCCAGCUCAUGGCCAGCGACCGCAUUGCGGAGUCUCUGCGGCGCGAGGACCUGCCUCACCUGCAGCUGCUGGAGGUGCUGGGGCACGGCGGCGGCGGCGUGGUGUUCCGCGGCAAGCUGCACGCGCUGGAGGUGGCGGUCAAGGUGUUUGAGGUGCCGGGAGACCUGGCCACCGCGGCGGGCCUGUCGUCGUUGCAGUCGCUUCCGGCUGGCGGCAAGAAGGACGGCGCGGCGGGCGGCGGCGGCGGCACGGAGGAGAAGCAGGCGGCGUGGCCGGCAGUGGGCGACCGGCGUGUGCUGCAGCGCAGCGCUCUGGAGCUGGCGGUCACCGCGUCGCUGAGCCACCCCCAUAUCAUCCAGGUGUACUCUCUGUACACCAACAUGGUGCUGGUUAAGCAGAAGCCGCCCAAGCACGGCACCAGCGGCGUGCAGCUUCUGGAGCUCAGUGCGGCCACGGCGCUCAGCCGCGCGGACGAGGGUAUCCCCUGCUCCGCGCUGUGCAUGGAGUACUGCGACAUGGGCACGCUGGCGCACGCCAUCGACCAGCACCGCUUCAUGACGGUGACGCCGCUGGGCUCGCGGCGGCCGGCACUCAAGGCCAUCUGCACCACCCUGCUGGAGGUGGCGCUGGCGCUGCGGCACCUGCACGCGCGCAACCUGGCGCACUGCGACCUCAAGCCAGCCAAUGUGCUGCUCAAGAGCUCGCGCCGCGACAGCCGCGGCUUCACUUGCAAGCUGGCGGACUUCGGGUACGUGUCGGUGCUCAAGGCGGCGAUGCCGGGCGGCCGGCCCACCAUUCUGCCGGAGGAGGCGUGCGGCACGGUGACCCACAUGGCGCCGGAGACGUUCAUCAAGGGCCAGCCCCUGGACUUCUCCGUCGACACCUUCUCCUUCGGCAUCCUCAUGUGGGAGUGCUACACCUGUGCCCGGCCCUACUCGGACGUGCCAGAGGACCAGAUCGCGCAGCGCGUGACGCUGAAGGGGCUGCGGCCCACCUUCCCGCCCGACACGCCGCGCGCCUACGGGUCGCUCGCGCGCCAGUGCUGGAGCCAGGACCCCAACGAGCGGCCCUCCGCAUCGGAGAUUGUGAGCGCGCUGGAGAACAUGCUGCAGAUUAUGAACACACAGCUUCCCGCCAUCCCGCCCAUGAAGCCCAAGGCCCCCGCGCCCGGCGCGCCGGCCGCCGCCGCCUCGCCGUCUGUGUCGGCUGGGCCAGGCGGCGGCGCGCCCGCGCCGGCGGUGGAGAAGGCGGCCGCGGCCGCGUCACCGCAGGUGACCGCGCAGUCGCCGCUAGGGCGUGGGCAGGCGCCCGCGUCGCCGCGGCCGGCGCCGGCGGCUGGCGGCGCGCUUAUGGACGCGCUGGCGGUGCCGAUAUCGCCCUCGGAUGCGGCUGCAGCGAGUGCUGUGAAGGCGUGAUCGCAUUGCGUGGAAGCAGGGGGCUACGGAGCUCUCAAAAGCCAUUUGAGCAUUAUGCAUGUGCACGCGCAUUGGGUGACUCUGGCACUUGGGGAGGAGCAAGGUGUGAGAGCUUCCCGUCGGGUUGACACAGGGUGAAUUUAGCGCUGCUGCAUGCCUUGUUGCCACGGUGUAUUAAUCCGAUCGACGUCCCCUGUCGACAUGUCUGCGAAAUCCACAGCAGCAUAGGCCGCGCAGGGCGGGGCAGAACGAGUAUUGGGCAGGGAUUGAUGGAGUGCCUGCUGUCGAGCAAAUGGAACAUUGCCAGGCACGCGCUUGGGUGCGUCCAGCACAGGGUCCUGGCGGUGGGUCCAUAACUCCUAUGGAUGGAUGGAUCGAUGGAUGGAUGGCGCGCGUGCCGGCACUGCGUGCGUGCAUGGCGAGCGUUGCACAUGCGGCUUGGGGGGGCUUGCCGAACAACCUGGGCACUACUGGAUGGGUUUCGACAUCUGCAUGUAGGCACGGGUAUUACGGUGGUUUGAUUGUGCUCCCGCACCAGAAUGAUGUUAGUGCACGUGCUUGAGUGCGGUGCCGCAAUAGGGUGUUGCUUAUAACGUGCGGCAGCCUACGCAGCCUACGUCGGGCAGACCAGCUUGCGCGUCGGAGGUUACUAGUAAAUGGAUCCGAUGCCGCGUUUGUGGGUGUAUGUGGGUUUGUGUGUAUGUGAUGCAGCUUGUCGAAUGGUGCAAUGGGGAACUGGGUGUGCCACGCAGGCAUUUGAUAUGGGCGCAUGGGAUUGCUGCAACCUGUUUCUGCAUCACCACGGCCUGCAUCGCAACGCAUGACAUGCUUGUUUCUGUGUUCUGACCGGACCGGUGAAAGCCCGUGAUACAGGCAUGGCGGGACUCGCCGCGCAAAGCAUUGCCCCAGUAACCCAGGUUCAAAGCCUUGCGCACAGCUACGUAUGUGGCAAGAAUGGGCACUGACGGAAGCGGGCAGCACGGUGAGAAGGGUGCAUUUAGGGCUGGCGUGUUCAAAGGAACGGCGGGAGUUAGAUUGAUGAAGUGCUGGACGAGUGUACGCGAGAUCAGCACCGCUACGGGAGGGGGGGGCGAAGUAGCGCUGCGGAAGCGUCAGGCAUGGAAGCGUUGCCCUGCGCUGCGGGUGGCAAUGCCAGGGCAAGAGGGGAUAGCUUGCUGAGCCCAUGCCCCCAUGCAGCCCACUAGAGCAAGUGCCCCGGCUUUUAACACAUGAUAUGGAUGAUUCUUGGGAGAUUCGAAAGAGGCUCGCCCUGUGAUUGAGACUGGGAAACGAACUCGACCUCGGAUAGACCUGCAGGGGAGGGUUUAUGAGGUGGCCGCACUGCGGCUGGUGUUGUGCAUGCUCCAGGUCUCGGCAGGCGGAGCUUACGGUAAUCUAGAAUAAGAGUCUGAAUUUGCGUUGGAGGUGCGCCGCAGGUUGCGGUUUGGCUUCCUGUGUGCAAUGUACGGUGGGCAUAGAUGGUUGUCGCAAGCUUUGGGCAGUAGGCUUCGGCGGAUCGUAGCUAGGUGUGCCUGUCCUGCAGAACUUCUCACGAGGGGCCUGGGGCGGAAUGUAUGAGCUCCCGGUGCAGUUGUGCUUGCAGGUGACCUCUGAGCAGUACCUAUCCGUGGGAGACCGUGAGCUUGGAUGGCCGGCUGGGUGUCGUCGCAGGCAGUCUCUGUGUGCUGAAGGUUCCGCAAGCGCUUAGUCAAGUCCGGAACCAAUAGAUCUGCAGAUCCAGGCACAUCCUAACACGGCCUGUCCCCGAGCUUUGCAGCUUGCUGCGCUUAGCCGGAUGCUGACUGGUAGUUUAAGUGUGAGGUGUGACAUGCUGCUUGCUCCACCCAGCUCCAAGCUCCAUUAGCCCCCACCCCCACCCCCCCGGGGAAAAGCUGCGGAGUUUGGUGGCUUCGCAAGUUGCCCACGAGGAGUGAGCGGUCAGCUGGUCCUGGCUGGUCACGGGGCUGCCAGGGCAGAGCUGACGUCCCUGCCCUUGUAACUGAAGAAAGAG